UUCUGUGCGGCGCCAUUUUGAUUGAAGAAUUGUGAGUAGUGUCUGCGGCGGAUGCUCCGUAAGAUAUUCUCCCACUUUAAACCAAUUUAUACCUGAGUCGACUGACGUUUUACAGAAACUUUGCAGUUUUUUUUGAAAAUGGCCACGGGAGCAAAUGCGACUCCCUUAGGGAAGUUGCACCCCAGUAUCGGCGCUAAACGAGGAUUUGACGCUGGGCCUGGUUCGGGGAACGGGCUGAUGCCUGUGCCGGCGCCACCCGCAUCCUUCCCUGCGAUACAAGCUUUCCAGCCCCCGAUGCCUGUCGCAACUUUUCCACAGCCACACCAGUUCAGCCCGGCGCCAGGGUUUUCGAACCAGGCUCCACAACCGCCGCCGGGGGCCGGACUAGUAAGCCCAGAUUUCGGUAAGAAAUCCAGGAAGAAGAGUCGUUGGAGCAGCGAGACGCCUGACCAGAAGACGGUCAUACCAGGCAUGCCCACUGUUAUUCCACCUGGAUUGACCCGGGAUCAGGAAAGAGCUUAUAUAGUCCAACUGCAGAUUGAAGACCUGACUCGUAAACUGCGUACAGGAGACCUGGGAAUCCCUGUUAACCCUGAGGACAGGUCUCCCUCUCCUGAGCCCAUAUAUAACAGCGAGGGCAAGAGGUUAAACACCCGUGAGUAUCGCACAAGGAAGAAGAUCGAGGAAGAGCGCCACUCCCUCAUCACUGAGAUGGUUGGACUCAACCCUGACUUCAAGCCUCCUGCAGACUACAAACCUCCAGCCACCAGAGUCAAUGACAAAGUUAUGAUUCCCCAGGAUGAAUACCCUGAAAUCAACUUUGUUGGUCUGCUAAUUGGGCCACGGGGUAACACACUGAAGAACAUUGAGAAAGAGUGCUGUGCCAAGAUCAUGAUCCGUGGUAAAGGUUCUGUAAAGGAGGGGAAGGUUGGCCGAAAGGAUGGACAGAUGCUCCCAGGGGAGGAUGAGCCUCUGCAUGCCCUGGUCACUGCAAACACAAUGGAGAACGUCAAGAAAGCUGUGGAGCAGAUACGCAACAUCCUGAAGCAAGGCAUCGAGACACCUGAGGAUCAGAAUGACCUACGAAAGAUGCAGCUGAGGGAGCUUGCCAGACUCAAUGGCACACUGAGGGAAGACGACAACAGGAUCCUUCGUCCUUGGCAAAACGCAGAGCCACGCAGCAUUACCAACACCACCCUCUGUACCAAGUGUGGUGGAGCUGGCCACAUCUCCUCUGACUGCAAAUACACCAGCACAUUUGCUGCCCACAGAGCAACAGGUGGUGAGCCUCCUCAGUCGGCCCAGGACAAGGCUCGUAUGGACAAGGAGUACCUGUCCCUAAUGGCUGAGCUGGGAGAGGCCCCGGUCCCCACAUCUGGAGGGGGACACUCCAACAACCAGGGGGGGGGACCUCGAUCCUCAGGCCCCAACAACAACCAGCCACCUCCGAACCGGCCUCCUUGGAUGAACUCUGCCCCAUCUGAGAACAGGAACUACCAUGGCAUGCAUGGAGGACAUAGUGGGCAUGGAGGACACAGUGGGCAUGGAGGACACCACAACUACCCUCCACCCAUGCCCAACAUGGGAGGUCCCCCUCUACCCCCAAACCCCAACGGUCUGCCUCCCCCCUGGAUGCAGCCUCCUCCUCCCCCCAUGGGCCAGGGUCCAGGACCUCAUGGACACCCUAUGGGUCUGCUGCCUCCUCCAAUGGGUAUGAUGCCCCCUCCACCUCCUCCCCCAAGCAACCAGCCACCUCCCCCGCCUUCUGGUCCACUGCCUCCGUGGCAACAGCAGGCUCCACCUCCCCCUCCAACCAGCAGCAUGGCAACCAGUACACCACUGCCCUGGCAACAGAAUACCACCACUACGUCCAGCCCUGGCAGUGGCACCCUGCCUCCAUGGCAGCAGCCCCAGCAGCCUGCAGUCUCGGGAGCCCAGCCCCCACCACCCAUGGGUACCCCAUCCAUGGUGCCGCCUCCCCCUGGCGUCCAGCCACCGUUGCCCCCUGGCGCCCCUCCUCCUCCCCCUCCGCCACCUCCCGGCUCGACUGGCAUGAUGUAUGCACCACCACCACCCCCACCACCCAUGGACCCUUCCAACUUUGUCAUGAUGGGAAUGGGGGUACCAGGCAUGCCACCCUUCGGCAUGCCUCCUGCCCCCCCACCUCCACCACCCCAGAAUUAAGUCUGCCACAGAAGAACCAUCGUCCCGGAAGAGUUUCAACGCUGCAGCACAUUGUUCUAUUGUAUCCAAUGGACUGAUAUUAUAUAGAGCAAUUCUGUGUGUAUGCUCACAGAAAAAAAUAUAACUAGUGCUUUAUUUUUUAUUGAUCCUUGAUAUUGUGAAGCCUUCUCUGAAUUACUGAAAGGCUGUCAGCUCAAUUUGUAAACUUGUGUAACUUAGUUAUUUUUCUUGUUUUUAAAUUCACAUUAAUACAAAGAUCCUUGUGUGCAUACAAAAGAUGCUCCUGGCCACUUGUACUGCUGUUCUACAAUACUUUGUAAUGCUUGGUUUACCAAAUUAACUGCUUGAUAACAUUUAUGCUGAAUAGUCUCAUCGCCUCAAAUGUUUAAGUCAAACCUGAAAACAUGAUUCAUUGGAUUUAAGAUAUUGAACUUCAGUUUGCAUGUUUAAUUUUAAGCACCACAUUUGUACUCCUUUCAGGCUCCUUACGUUUGCUUUGAGUUGAAUAAGAUUGAUAUUUUUGUAAUAACAUGAUGUGAAGUGUAUCUUAGUUCUGUCAGAAAAACCUUUCUGUAGUACUGUCUCAGAUUAAUUUCCAGAAAUUCCCAGUUUUCUUUUUUAAAUGUAUUACUUUUGUUAAUCGUCUGCAUCUCAGUGGUGACACUGAGUUUGAAAAGGGGCUUUGGUAUUGCAGUCUGCUGGUGUCUGAACCUCUGCACUACUUGAAUGUUGGGAAUCUGAUAUCCCUUUUCUCUGCAUCUCUCUGCUCUGAUAAGAUGCUGUGUGCAGUGUUGCUUCUUCAAGGACAAAAGUAUCAGUGGCCAUCGAGUAAUUGGAGGGGGGAAAUGAUAGUUUUACUCUUUCUGGAAAUUAGUUUGUAGUGUUUUGGCCCUAGUCUGAAUGAAUAGCAGUUGAAAUCUUGCUUGGUUUAGAAUUAAACUGAUCCAUUUCACCUUUU